AUGCAAGCAUCGAUCCUCGUCCUUUUCGUCGUAGCGACGCUCGCCUCAGCGGGUAUCAUUGUUGACGGCGGUCAUGGUUACGGCGGCGGCGGCGGCGGCGGUGGCUUCGGUGGUGGUGGUGGUGGCUUUGGCGGUGGCGGUGGUGGCGGUGGAGACAUCGGCGUAGCCUCCGUCUCGUACGUCAAGACGCCCGUUGUGAGCGUAGACUACGUCGCCAAGCCUGUAGUCAGUUACGUGGCUAAGCCAGUGGCCACCGUGUCGCAUGCCCUGAAGCCUGUUGUAACGUAUACCACUAUCUCGAGCGGCGGCGGAGGGCUGGGCGGUGGCGGCGGCGGUGGUGGCGGAUAUGGUGGUGGCGGCUACGGUGGCGGCGGAUACGGCGGCGGCCACGGGGAAGGAUGGCCGUGGUCGUGAGCGCGGCACACACCACGAUGGCUCUCUGCAGCCACCUAUGUAGAUCUUGUCACCACGCAACAAUGAGCUCUGCAACAGACUCCACAAGCCAACCCGUCGACGCAAUGACGGUGUUCGAUACACCUCGUGUACAAAUAAUACGAGCUGGCACAAGUAGAGAACAGCCUGUUCGCCAGGGGUAAUUGUGAAAGUACCAAAGAAGGUGCA